UUGGCAACACUGAUUUUUCUUCGGUCCUGCGGAGGAGGCUGCGGUUCAUUCAGGGACAAAAGUGGCUGUUGACCUUUCCAGCACAGCAUUCAAACAUCAGAAAGAUGGCUGGUAAGGAGGAAGAUCUGCAGGACAAUCAGUGCGGAGUCAAUCUGGACCGUGAGCAGUUCUGCUGCUCGGUUUGUCUGGAUCUGCUGAAGGAGCCCGUCACCAUCCCCUGCGGACACAGUUACUGCCGAAGCUGCAUCGAGAGCUGCUGGGACAGGCAGGGUGAGAGGGAGGAAUACGGCUGCCCCCAGUGCAGGGAGACCUUCCAUCCCAGGCCUGUCCUAAAGAGAAACAACAUGCUGGCUGAGGUUGUGAAGAACCUGAAGAUGAUGAGAUAUCCCCAACCACCGCCUCCGUCUCUGACCCUGCCCGCCCCGCCUGACGUCGCCUGCGACUUUUGCAGUCUCGGACGAAACAAAGCCACCAAGUCUUGCUUGACGUGCUUGGCGUCUUACUGCGACAAACAUGUAGAGCCUCACUACACUGUCCCCGUGUUGCAGAAGCAUGAACUGAUCUCAGCUACGAUGCCAGUAGGGGACAAGGUGUGCACCGAGCAUCGGAAGUUGAUGGAUCUCUGCUGCCAGACGGACGAACAGCUCAUCUGCACCGAGUGCACAGUGGACAAACAUAAAGGUCACACGUUUGUGUCUAUUUUGGAGUUAAAGGAGACAACAAAGGAACGGCUGGAGAAAGUUCGAAAGCAAGUGCAAGAGAAAGUCCAGCAAAGAGAAGAAGAGCUGGAGACGAUCAUACAGGCAGAGAAGAAUGUUAAGAGCAGUGCCCAAACCUCAAAGGCAGACUGUGCCAAGGCGUUCUCCGAGCUGAUCUCGUCCGUGCAGAACAGACGCAGUAAGCUGGAGCAGCUGAUCGAAGCCCAGGAGAAGAGCGCCCUGGCUCAGGCCGGGGAGCUGAAGCAGCGCCUGGAGAAGGAGCUCGGUGAGCUGAGAGGGAGGGACGCUCAACUGCUGCGGCUUUCAAGCAGCGAUGACGUUGUCUACCUGGCGCAGCGUAACUCCAUUUCCGUUGCAUUUCAAGACUUUGCGCCGGGUGCCGGUCCUCCACGUUCUUUCACAGAUGUGACUGCCUGUGUGACUGAGCUGAAAGCUAAAGCAGACAUUUUGCUGAACGAGACAUGGCCCAAGAUCUCAGCUACGGUCUCUUACGUUGACUUCUCCUUACCGCCUGCACCCAACAGCAGAGAGGAGUUUUUACGUUAUUGGCGUCCCCUUACAUUGGAUGACACGUCAAACUACCCUAACCUGAACCUGGUGGACAGCUGUAAAAUGAGGCCUUCACCCAUCCCCUAUCCUCCUCAUCCGAACAGAUUCACAAAGUUCCCACAGGUUCUCUGCAAAGAGGCUUUAACAGAGCGGAGUUACUGGGAGGUGGAGUGGCACGCUCGCACCCUCUCUGUGGCUGUAGCUUACGCAGACGCCAACCGAACAUCGGACGAGUCAGAGUUUGGGAGAAACGACAAGUCCUGGACUCUAGAAUGCUCAGGAGACACCCUGAAGUUUCGACACAAUGAUGUUGAUAUGAAAGUACCAGGCUCUUGCUCCAAAAAGAUUGGCGUGUUCCUGGAUUACCAAGCAGGAAUUCUGAGUUUUUAUCAGGUUUCUGACCAGAUGCUGCAAAUCUUUGAAGUCCAGACCGUGUUCACUGAGCCUCUUCAUCCUGGUAUUGGUUUGAACUAUGAGUGGUACGAUACUGGAGUAUUUGCACAGCUGGCCAUAUUGAAAUAGUACAAGGACAUGAAAUGGUACAGAAAUAGAACCACCGCAGUAAUAAUUAUGACAAUGUUUGUGAGUAGCGGUUUGCAGGUGUGGCAAAACUAAUUCAGUGUAACAGAAUUUCUGUCAAGAACUUGGAAAGUUUCCAAAGAUUAAGGUGAAAGGGAAAGAGUAAUUAAACUCUGUGGUGGAGGGAAAAUAUGAGGAAGUAUUUUCACUUGGUUUGAUGUGUUUUGAAUUCGCCAACAUGUCCUCAAUUUGUUGUUUUUUUUUCUCGCAAAAUCCAUCUUCAUCAGUUUCUCACAAGAGAAGAAUCAGCAACUCCCUGUGUACUUGUGAAACCUUUUUUGUUUUGCAUCGGUCAAAGGUGGAACCAACUCACACACCAUCAGAGAAAUGCACAGAGCAGAUUUUCUGGCGUUGGAUUUUCUACUUUUGUAGUUUUGAACAGAAAUGGACAAAGUCAAGUUUCUCAGGCUGUUUGAUAUGUACAAUUUGAUCUUGGGGAAAUAAACAUCUUUUUAACAAA